CUUGUGCGGCUGUGCUGGAGCCACUGCGGCUCACACUGCGGGCAGCAGCCGCCGCCCUUUAAAGCUCUCCUUCCACCUUCUGCUCACUUUUCACGAAUGUAUUGCUCUCCUGAAAGCUUCCCUUGCGUAUCUUGCUGAAUCUUCUCCCCAGACCCUACUCACCAGGCCUAAUCCGCAACCAGGUUUCACCAAUCAUCCCAAACGAGCAGGUUCUCGAAACAUAAUCCACCAUGAAGCCUCGCGACUACUGCUGCUGUGCCAUCCCAACGGUUUAUACUGGCAUCUAUGCUACUCUGGCUGAACAGUUUACGCUAGGCGUGGUGGCAGGUACAUUGUCGGUUGCUACUCCCCAAAUUGUGGGUGCGGUAACCUUCUCUGCUGCGAAAUGGAUCUUUGCAAUCGUCUGUUAUGUGGGUGCUGCGAUCCAGGUGUUAGGUUUCAUUGCCGUAUCCCAGGAGCGCUCUAUCAUGUAUCGGCGGUACACUACGCUACAUAUUUUGAUCACGGUGGCCGCCUUCUCUGUUGCUGCCGUCUGGAUAGCCCUCUCGGCGGCGCGCCACAACACGGCAAAAACCAACUGCGAAUCUCUCUUCUAUAACAACACGACCGAACCGUCGGAGGCAAACACGCUUUGCGAUAUUUUCCCAUGGGUGGACGUUGGUCUGAUGGCCGGAUUAUGGGUGCUCCUUGCUGUAGCCCAGCUGUACUUUUACGUCGUUGUUUCAUCCUACGGGACAGGCCAGCGACUCGACCACGAGAAAUAUGACUCAAUGUAUGAUCCCACGUACCCUCUCACUUCGGACAUUCCGCUAAACAACCGAGGUGACCCUUGGGACGCACGCCCAUCCGACGACAUACCCCGAUACCAACACGGUAGGGAGGACAGCUUUGGCAGCAUGGAACAAAUCACGGCUGACAAGCCGUACGACCCGUAUGGCGGUCCUGCCUAUCCAUCCGAAGCUUUCGCCCAGGAGCCAAAUCCGGCAUCACAUGUCCAGGACAGUUACUACAACUCAUACAACGCUGGAGGGAGCAUGCCUCGUCCGGAGACGGAGCAGCCUCAUCCUGGUGCGUGACGUCCCCUGCUUGGCUCGGCUCCUACAAAGGACUGUCCUGGCGACUCUCCUAGUGGGUCCGUAGCUACCCUGCAUGCUACCAGCCUCAACUUACACCCUUUCAGCUGAACGCUCAUUCAGGCGAAAGACAUCACGCCUGCAGACACCACUUUCAGAGGACUUUAGGAUUCCUUAGCGCAUCGAUUUUACGGACGAUUACACUAGUCUCUAACCUGAUAGACACGUUUUUUCUACGUUGUCAUCGAACUCGAAACGGACAUCACCUUGUAUUUUCUUUGUUGCUCAAUGCAGUCUCACGUGACCGUCACCGGAGACAGUUACAAUAAAUAUGUUAGAGGUUAGCUUCGAGCUAGUGCUACAACAGCGUAGCAGUAAUGCAGCAGCAGAGAAAGCCUGUACGCGACGACCAAAGCGAGCAAACAGGAAGGAAGAAAGCAGCAACCCUGUGUCUGCCAGUCGCCAGCAUAUCGCUGCAUGCAGGAUUGCCAGCAAGAACCGCCCCGGCGGUCAGUCAGCAGGGUUUGUACAGUGAGCAAUAAGAAACCUGAUGUGACAGAUAUCCAGAGGAUAUUGAUAUCUCAACGAGCACUUAGCAUCGCAGAUGCAUGGUAAUCCUGCCGUUCUUCGUGGUGCGGUAUCCCCUUAAAGGUUGAAGACCCAGGUCAUGCCGGUGAGACGACCCACCGACUGGUCGGCAAGCUGAGUGAAUGCCGAUGGAGAGAAGUCGAGCGAGAACUCGUCGCAACCUGUGCAGCGAUCCGUGAUAGCGACUGUGACCGACUUGCCUUCCCCUACCGUGCGUUCACCAUCAUUAAAUGAGCAGCAAGGGAAUUGUAGAGGAAAACUCACAGUUGGCAGUAACCUUCAUGUUACAGAUAGGGUUGUCGUUCGGGUUCACACCGUCAUAGCCACUUGUGAAGACGUGUCAGUGUUAUACAGAAAGCUAUCAAGUC